GUGAUCGAGUCUCUGGGCAUCAUGAUCUACAAGGCUCUGGAUUACGGGCUGAAGGAGAACGAGGAGAGGGAGCUCAGCCCUCCUCUGGAGCAGCUCAUCGACCUCAUGACCAACAUGGCCGAGGCCGAGAGGGACGCCUGCCCCGACGAGGGCUACGAGGCAACAGAGGAAGAGGAUGAGCCCGAGGAUGAUCCUGACAACAUCUGCAGCGUCCACGGCUACAGAGAUAUCCUCAAGCUGUGCACAUCCCACCUCCCCAGUCUGUCGGACGUCCCCGGUCACUACCAGGCCGUGUGCCGGGCUCUCUACACAGAAACCAGGGAGCUGGGUACUUUCCUGGAGAAGAUCAGAAGUGCCAAAGAGAACCUCCGUAAAAUGGAGGAAGGGUCAUCAGAGGGGCCUGGCAAAGACCUGGAUGAACUACAGACAGAUGACUGGGCUCGGUUCUGGGUUCAGGUGAUGAGGGGCCUGCGUGAAGGAGUCAAGCUGAAGAAGGUGCAGGAUCGUCAGUAUAACCCCCUGCCCAUCGAGUUCCAGCUCACCCCCUAUGAGAUGCUAAUGAACGACAUUAAGUCCAAACGCUACAACCUGCGCAAAGUCAUGCUACAUGGAGACAUCCCACCCAGGUUAAAGAAAAGCGCUCAUGAAGUCAUCCUGGAGUUCAUCAGGUCCAGACCACCCCUCAACCCUGUGUCGGCUCGCAAGCUGAAGCCGCUGACUCAGCUUCCUCCAACCCUGCAUGAGAAGAUCCUAUCGGAAAUCAAGUCAGAGAGGAAACUCAGACCUGUGUCGCCUGGCGAGAUGCGCAGGGGCAGGCUGGUAAUUCGGCCACUUAGCAUGUCUUUCAGUUUUGAUGCGUCAGGUUUUGGCAAAACUCGCAGUAUGCCUCAGGAUUUGUUCCGUACUGGAGUAGAUGAGUUUAGUCCAUACAUGGGCAGGAGGACGUCCAGCACUCUGUCUCUGACCAACGGGUCCACAUCUUCCAGGGGAGAACCCUCGGGAUCCCAGUCUGUUCCUCAGAGGAAGAGGCUCCUGAAGGCCCCCAGCCUCUCCGAGCUGGACAGCUCUGACUCUGACGAUGACAUAUUUGGGCACAAGUCCGCCAGCAGCUCCAGCGUGGCUACGUCUUUGAUGGAUGAUACAUCCCCAGAGUGUGCUGUGGGGAAGAAAACUCCCCCCAUGUUCCUGCCCAUCUCUUCAACACCCCAGCCAGAGAGGCGUAAGACCCCCCAGAGGAGACACUCCAUCGAGAAGGAAACCCCGACCAACGUCCGACUGUUUCAGCCGCCUUCUAAGAAGAGCUCUAAGUCUCUGGAGGAGUUCUGCUUCCCUGUGGAGUGUCUCUCUCUGACGGUGGAGGAGGUGAUGCACAUCAGACAGGUGCUGGUAAAGGCAGAGCUGGAGAAGUUCCAGCAGUACAAAGAGGUCUACAACGCCAUGAAGAAGGGAAAGCUCUGCUUCUGUUGUCGAACCAAAAGGUUUUCCCUGUUCACCUGGUCCUACAUCUGCCAGUUUUGCAAAAAGCCUGUGUGUGCACAGUGCUGCAAAAAGAUGCGGCUGCCGUCCAAACCUUAUUCCAGCUUGCCCAUCUACUCCAUUGGCUCGACUAACACCCUUCCCAGGGAGCGGGUGAAUGCCAUUGCUGACGUAGGACAAGGGUUCUCUGUGGCUGGAGGGCCGGGACCGUCAGCAGAGGGAGGGGCCGCAGCGCCUCCCACUUUGAAAGCAGAAAAAAAGGGGGCUUUUAUAGGAGCUGGAAAAGCCUCUGGAGCCACAGCUGCUGCCAAAUCAGAGAAGUCCUCCAGCAGCCCACAGCGCCACGGCCUGCACAAGACCAUAUCCAAGUUAUCCAAGCACGGCUCUUUAAAGUCUCACGAGGAACUGGAGCUGCCCUCAAAGCUGACGGAGGACUGGGCCACCAUGGAGGUGUGUGUGGACUGCAUCAAGUUCAUCACUGACAUUAUCGCCUCCAGCAAGCACAGCCUGUCCCUGGCCACCAAGAGAGCGCGCCUAAAACGCAAGACCCAGUCCUUCUACAUGUCCUCCCCUAAAGGACGGGAGGAGUACCGGUGUUAUGCCGCAGAUUGA